CGCUGGCUCUGACCAAUGGGAGCGCUCCCCGUGCCCCGGCCGAGCGUGCGCACUGCGCGGCCCCGACCCAGCGGAGCGGGACGGAGCGGAGGGAGCACCCAAGGCCCCGCGAUGCCCAGCGCCGGGCGCUGGUGCCGGCUCCUGCUGGUGCUGCUGUGGCUCCUGCAGUGCCUGGCGCAGGUGGAUGGUGACCCCAACGGCUCUGGGCUCUCGGCAGCCUCGUUCCUGCGGGAUCUGCUCCAGCGCUAUGGGGAGAGCGGGACCCUGAGCCUGGCUCAGCUCCAGGUGCUGCUGCAGCGCCUGGAUGUGGGUGUGGGGACCGGGAACGCCUCAGUGCCCCAUGGGAACCUGACCCGGUGCCUCAGUGCUGGGGAGCUCUUUGCCCUGCACAACCUGAGUGCAGGCACUGCCGUGGGGCCGCGGGAGCUGCAGGGUCUGUGCCCCACGGUGCUGCAGCAGCUGGAGAGCGGAGCCUGUGCGGCCGUGGAGAGCACUGAGGGGCAGCAGGAUGGGAGCAGACCCAGCGCGGCCGAGGGUAAGGGGGCUCCGGGUGCUGCCCACACCAGUUCUGGGGGUGCUGUGGUGUGGAUCCGGUGCUGGUCAUGGGGGAGAACGGUGGGAGCCGGGGGCAGGAUGAGCCCCGGAUGGGGAUGGGUACAUGGUCCUGCAGCCACACGCACCCGCACCCGGUGCCUGUGGUGCCCGAGCAGUGGGAUCCGGCCCAGCUCUGCCUUCACCGGUGCCACGAGGCCCUCCCAGGUGUCCGGUGGCUCCAUUCCCCUGCCCCUGGAGCAGGGCUGGAUGAGCUGGAGCCGGUGUCCCCAUGCCCUGGUGAUGCCCACCCGGCUCUCUCGUUCCGCAGUGUGGGGCUUCGGUGUCCUCAGCGUGUCCAUGAUUAACGUGGCCGCUCUGCUCGGUGUCCUGGUUGUGCCGUGUGUCAGGAAGCAGGUUUUCCGCCGCAUGCUCCAGUUUUUCGUGGCUCUCUCCAUCGGUUCCCUGCUCUCUAACGCACUCUUCCAGCUCAUUCCAGAGGCGUUCGGCUUCAACCCACAGGAGGAUCAUUAUGUGUCCAAGUCCUCUGUGGUGUUCGGAGGCUUCUACCUCUUCUUCUUCACAGAGAAGGUCCUGAAGAUGCUGCUGAAGCCGCAGGACCAGCAUCACCAUGGGCACAGCCACUACAGCCCCGAGGCUCUGCCCUCCAGGAAGGACCAAGAGGAGGGGGUGACGGAGAAGCUGCAGAAUGGGGACCUGGACCACAUGAUCCCCCCCACGGGCAGCGAACGGGGGCACCAGAGCCCCCCCGGGGACGAGCAGUGUGGGGUGGGCUCCCUGUCGGUGCAGGACCUGCAGGCAUCACAAGGAGCCUGCUCCUGGCUGCGGGAGGUCAGGUACUCAGACAUCGGCACCUUGGCCUGGAUGAUCACGCUCAGUGAUGGGCUCCAUAACUUCAUCGAUGGUUUGGCCAUCGGAGCCUCCUUCACCGUGUCCGUGUUCCAGGGGAUCAGCACCUCUGUGGCCAUCCUGUGCGAGGAGUUCCCGCAUGAGCUGGGGGACUUCGUGAUCCUGCUCAACGCCGGCAUGAGCAUCCGCCAGGCUCUGUUCUUCAACCUGCUCUCCGCCUGCUGCUGCUAUGUGGGGCUGGCGUUCGGCAUCGUGGCCGGAAGCCACUUCUCUGCCAACUGGAUCUUCGCGCUGGCCGGGGGCAUGUUCCUGUACAUUGCACUGGCCGAUAUGUUCCCGGAGAUGAACGAGGUGAGCCGUGAGGACGAGCUCCGCGGCUGUGCACUCAGCACCUUCGCCAUCCAGAACGCAGGGCUGCUGACCGGCUUCAGCAUCAUGGUGCUGCUCACCAUGUACUCGGGGCAGAUCCGGAUCGGGUAGUGCCCUGGCCCCACAUUGGGGUGUUGUGGGGGCUCCUGUCCCGUUGGUGCUGUGAGCGGCUCCUGUACCGGUACCAGUGUCACACCACAGAGGAGCAGCAAUGCCCAUGCUGUGCCACAGACUCUGUUUAUGGCUGAGGAGCCUCAGCCCCAAUCCCAUUGGACUGAACUGACCAAGGACUGUUCCCAGUGUCGUGUCCCUGCUCUGCUGGCGCCUCCGGGAAGGAUGGAGCUGCUCCCACUGGGAGCACUGGGAUGGGAUGUGCUGCUUGACCCUGUGGGGACAGAGCCUGGAGCCAGGCCCCACUGCCCUUGAAGCGGCUCUGGCUCUGCUCCUGCUGUGCCCCACAGCCCAUGGGGCAGACACCAGUGUUCUGGGGUACCACAGACUGAGCCUGUGCCCUCAGGAGCAGCCAGCUCUGCCCCAUGGAUCAGGCUCUGCCCCAUCUCUGCCCUAUGGCACCAGCCCCAUCAUUCCCAGAGCUGGGAUCAGGAUCGGGAUCCCCGGUGCUCGUGCCCUGCGUCGGGAGCGCGCACGGGACCCACGUGAUCACCACGUGAUCACCACGUGCUCCGGGGGCGGGGCCGUUGUACCGCGAGGCAAUAAAGGCGGCUCGGGGAGGACGGAG